UUCUAUGCAAUAACUUUUUUAUAGUCAAUAUAUUAUUUUUUUUAAGAGGGGGAAGGGAUUAUACCAAAAGCAUAUUAUCAGAAAAUCCGACAUUAAAACAGCGGAGGAAAAGGAAUGCGAAUUCCGUGAAAGAAGCCAGUGUUACACAAAUGGCGUGGAAUGAUAAAUGGUUGCUACCAGCAGCAUGGUGUAUGAGGAGAUAGUCGGUAUACGGGGCAGCUGACCCCAGCCGCCGCGCACGCUUUUCACGCGCGAGAUGCCCCACAACUUGAACUCUGCUUCCGUCAACUCCGCCAACACGGGACCGAAUCACCAGGCCUACACCCAGCAACCUUAUCAUCGGCAGAAUGGAGAUGGACUCCAACCCGAGAAAGAGCCGGUGGAGUUCGACACAUCGCAUUUGCGCGGUGCACCGGCCGAGGUUGAGGCAUUGGUGCAUAAUAUCAAAGAAGUUGCACAACAAUUCCUCUAUCAUUGGAGAACAUUUCCUAUUAUCCUUCCGCCACCGUUAUCCACGUGUACAGAAGGCGAAGAUACGCUUGCGAGGAAGAAACAUCACUUGAAGGAUCUCUUUGUCGCUCCUAGUUUCGAUGAAUUAGAUUCUGUCGCUGUGGAUAGCAAGGGUGAACCAAGGAGGUUGACUAAGAAGCAACUAGAAAGCAUCAGCAAACGAGGCUUUCAGAAGGAGAAGUACGGAAAACCGAAGAAGCUGAAUGCCACUCAAUUGGAGAGCAUUCGAAGAUGCGGGGAAUUUGAAGUGGAUUCAAUCAAUUUUACCGGACAGACACACAGAUGGAGAUUAAGCGGACUUCUUCAACGUGGACGGGACAGAAGACGAGAUGCGUUACUUCGAGAUCUUGCUUUGGCAACAAGAUUCCUUGUAGUUACAGCAAAAGCCAGAUUAGUCUCCCAUUGUUUCAGUGUAUCGCAAUCUCUGAAAGCAUUAUUAACAGGACUAUUACGACUUCUUGAUAUAAUAAUUGGCGUGCCAUCGCUUCAAGCACAUAAUUUGGAUGCCAAAAUCAGAGAAGAACGGUGUCGAUACUUGGUUGCUGAAUUAGUCUGCAGACCUGAAUAUGAAGAUUCCUUGGAACUUCUGUGUGGUUUCGUGCGAAAACAACUUCGACGUGCGACAAUGGAGAAAUUUGAAGUGGAGAGAGAAUUGUCACAACUGUUACCUAUUCCGGUUCCUUUUGUAUUUGGAACGCCUGCUGGUGCAGUGGUUGAUCUUAGAUUAUUUAGCAGAGACAUUAUCAGAAAAGCUUUACCGAUUCUAGUUGCUAUUUUGGAGAGAGAGACACGAGGCUGGUUUCUUCAUUUCAGAGAAAGACUGAUAUCUGAAUUGAGAGCGCGAAAAAAACCGGAUGAAGAGAUUGAAAGAGAGGUGAACGAAGCUGUUAUGCGAGAAUAUCUACAACGAGUGUUCUCUAAUACUUUGUCACAUCCAGAUAUACUUGAUCUUGGUAACGGAAUUGGUCAACUAUUAGUUCAACAAGCACAAUCGGUUGUGUUAAUGCAUCGAGCUGUAAAAACUGUACAAUGUAAACUAUUACAAACGAAAGAAGCACUGAAAUGCCACAUAGAAAAUGAGCACCCAGUCUUGUCACGAAUAGAGCCAUGGAUGCGCGACCGGAUGAGAGAAGUCGAAGAGAAAUUUAUCGAAGAAUGCGAAUGGAGUGCUCAUGAAGAAGCUCUUACAUUGUGCACUCAUCAGAAUUUACAACAGACAGUUUACUUUCUUAAUCGUGAUUUGACUUUUAUGAAAGAGCGAGAACCAGUCCUAUUAAAAGAAUUGCGUAAAGUUAAAACACCCACGAGGAGCUUUCAAUGGCCAACUCAGAUAUGGCUUCCAAAAAACUGGAUUGUCAGACGUAAUUUUCAGGGUCAGUCUGAAAUCAUACCAACGGUGCUAAGCAAUACUCCGACGUCUAUCACGACGCCUCGCGCAGAUCCCAGUCAGCCUGUCUUUUUGGUCGAGAGAGAAAUUGUACACACAACUACAACAAGAUGGCCCAUGUGGCGUUGGAUCAAUUACAUAGCCAGAACAUGGUGCUGGACUUGGAAUGCAAUGUUUCUAUUAGGCCUAGCAGUACCAUGGUGUAGUCCAGUUUCUAUACGAGCUUUACUACUCGUACAACCCUUUACUCCCGAUUUAGAAUUGAGUCAAUUAAAUGGAACCUUGUUCCCUAGAAAAUCAUCCCAAAUGCCCACUCUUUGUUCUCGGUUAAUAGCACUUUGGAGACAUAUUAGCAAAAGUCGAACACAUUUUGAAACAGAACCUGACACUGGAUUUAUUGGAAAAGGAAUGACAAGACAUUUAAAUAGAUUAUGGAAUUAUGGUGUAAAAGGUCUUUUAGGAACACUUAUCAUAUUAUUUGUUUUUCCUGUUGUUUGUAUAGUCACAAGUUUAGGAUCACUUCUUAUUGCGCUUACUGCAGUUUUGUGGAUGCCUUUAAUUACUUUGACGUUGCAUGCGUUUAUGGCACUCAUAAUGGACUUGGAUAGUCCAGAGCCAAGUAGAAAUCGAUAUUUGGUUAUUAUGGAAGCAUUAGUUUGGAAUAUUGGUAUACAAGGCUGUCUGCAACCAAUAGCUGCAUUAAUUGUAGCACUUAUUUUGUGUCCCAUUAUUUCUUUUGUGAUACUUACAGUUGCUGUGAUACGUUACUGGAUUAGAGUGGUUUGGGACACAACUAUGUUUCAUUUAGUAAUAAAAAAUAGAGGCCGUAUACCUGCAAGUGAUAGUUUUAUGGUUAAAAGAAUAGCUGGACCAGGAUUAACAUCUGAUUAUUAUUACCAAAUUAGGCCCGAACAAGCAUUAGCUGCAUUUGAAGCAAAACUAGAACUAGAUGAAUUAUUAGCUUUUCAGCAAGAAACAGAGCGAUUAAUUACACAACCACAGAGAGACUUCACACAAUUUGUAGAGGCUUGUUUUGGUCCAUUUGCUGCGAGUCUUGCCAAAACAAAAGAUCCAUAUAAAUCGCUAGAGAAGGAAGCCAAAGAUCUGAUUGCCGUAUUACACGAGAAAUUAGAUAGACGUAGAAAAAAUUUACAAACUGGUCUUGGAAUGAUUAUACGAAGUAAAAUAAAACUUACUACCUUCGAUCUGAAGGUGGUGAUACAACAGGGGGCCCUUAUGCUAGAACGUCUUUAUCCCAGUCAUGUGUUCGCGAGAUUAUCAGGAAAUGAAGAAGAUUUUUGGGAAAAUAAAGGUUUAAGUGUUGGUGACUGGGCUGGUUUAGCUGGUCUUAUGUAUGCAGAUAUUUUCAGUUUAAAUUUUCUUCAGCCCCUAGACGAUGCAGAUACAAAAUUCAGGCUGGAACCUCAUCCAGGAGUCGAUCUGUCGCGUUACACAGAUAUGGUUCAUAGCACUGAAAUCGGUGGUACAAAUGGACCAGAUCUGCUCGGUGCUGUUUAUGCGCCGCGUGGAAAUAUACAAGUUUAUAGCCCUUAUUUAGAGGUUUCAGCUUUCAAUCCACGAGCUAAGCAAACUAGUAAUAGCAGAAAAUCUGAUAAGCGAUGUGAUACUGGAGGACUUUUAAUAUCGACAAAGAUUAAAAGACGCACAACGUCUACAAGUGGUACAACAGAGGCACGUUGGCAACCGUGGAAACGACAAAUUCGUCCUUAUAGUGCAGAGAAAUUGCUCAUUCCGCUUCCUAUCCCACAUCCAGCACAUAUAGCUGUUACGAUUCAUAAUCGCGAUUCUGAAAAUCCAAUUCCACUCGAUUCAGAACUUUGUCAGAACAUACUGAAAGCGAUCGAAGAAUCUCCUGGUGAAAUGUCUACUGAAUAUGUUAGCCGUUACAGAGGAGCUGCAGAUUCUAGUUUUGAUUCCGUAGCUUCGCAUUCCUCGGUUUCUAUUGAAACUGGAUUAGAUAAAGAUAACGAAACACAAGAAACAACAAAUACCGAAAAAGAGGGUGAAACUUAUCAUUGGACGCUGUCAAAUUGGGGCGGUGGUAUGACAAGAAGAAGAAACAAUUCUGGAUCUAUAAAAGUCGAUCUAGCAUCUCCAGAAGACGUUACUCUGGAUACAGAUACCACCAGAGUGAUGUUCAAUACGUAUGGAACAAUUGUUUGAACUGAGUUUACUGUUAUGCCAGGUAAAUAUAUAUAAUAGGUGCGAGUAGAAACAAGUAAGUGUAACUUUGCAAA